AUGUCAGAUAGCAAUGAGUGCAGAGAAGUGAGGGCUGGAGGGGCCCAGGUGUUUACUGUUUUAGAUGUGGGGGCCUCUGAGAAGGAGAUGUUUGAGUCCCAGCAUCUGCCCCCAGACACCCGCUCCUUCACUGUGGAGACAGAGCUCAGUGAGCUGGGCCUGCAGCUGGCGCAGUCCCAGCAUCUGCCCCCAGACACCCGCUCCUUCACUGUGGAGACAGAGCUCAGUGAGCUGGGCCUGCAGCUGGCGCAGGUAGUAUCUGAUGCUGCAGGACAGGGUGUGGCCAUCACAGGGAACCAGACCUUCAACAACUGGAACUGGCCCAAUGCAAUGAUUUUUGCAGCCACAGUCAUCACCACCAUUGGCUAUGGCAAUGUGGCUCCCAAGACCCCCGCUGGUCGCCUCUUCUGUGUCUUCUAUGGUCUCUCCGGGGUGCCGCUCUGCCUGACAUGGAUCAGUGCCCUGGGCAAGUUCUUCGGGGGACGUGCCAAGAGUCUGGGAAGGUUCCUCACCAAGAGAGGCGUGAGCCUGCGGAAGGCACAGAUCACAUGCACGGCCAUCUUCAUCCUGUGGGGCGUCCUGGUCCACCUGGUGAUCCCACCCUUCGUGUUCAUGGUGACUGAGGAGUGGAAUUACAUCGAGGGCCUCUACUACUCCUUCAUCACCAUCUCCACCAUCGGCUUUGGUGACUUUGUGGCCGUUUCAGGUCAGCAGACCUUUGCUGGGGCCCCUGGUAGGCGAUCGGUGUUCUGGGCACUUCGCCCACCCG